UCCUAGAUAUCUGUGUCUGUUUUGCAGCACACAAGCAAUGACCCAUAUUGCUUUGUGGAGUUCUUUGAGCAUAGGGAUGCAGCUGCUGCGUUGGCAGCCAUGAAUGGCCGGAAGAUCCUUGGAAAGGAGGUGAAGGUAAAUUGGGCCACAACUCCAAGUAGCCAAAAGAAAGAUACAUCCAAUCACUUUCAUGUCUUUGUGGGUGAUUUGAGUCCAGAGAUAACUACUGAAGAUAUCAAAGCUGCCUUUGCACCAUUUGGAAAAAUCUCAAUGCUCAUAGGAUUGGACAGGAGCUUGAAGGCUUACAGCAAGGAACUGUGCACAUGGAAAACUCAGAUGUAGAUUUUUUUAUUAUUCCAUCUAUUCAUUCUUCUUACAUUUUUAUACUGCAAUAAUAUUGUUAUUAACCUUUAACGUAGUGUAGAAUUUUUUAACCAAGUCCAGUAUUUUCCAUUUAGACGUGUGUUUUUAAAAUAAAUGUUAUCUAAUGAUGGUUUUGCCUAGAUGUGUUGAUUCUAGUUUGACUUUCCAAGAAUUCUGAAAAUGUCAAUUUCUCGAAAUUUGCAGCUUCCCAAACUCCAUAUUGGUGGUAAAGAAUUGACCAGGAAAAAUAAAGAAAUCUGUUAACAGGCCAUGGAUGCACGUGUGGUGAAGGAUAUGACAACUGGGAAAUCUAAGGGGUAUGGAUUUGUGUCCUUCUAUAACAAACUGGAUGCAGAGAAUGCCAUCGUGCACAUGGGAGGACAGUGGUUGGGUGGACGGCAGAUCAGAACAAACUGGGCCACUCGGAAGCCUCCUGCUCCCAAAAACGCACAAGAGAGUAGCUCGAAGCAGCUGAGAUUUGAAGAUGUGGUGAACCAGUCGAGUCCUCAGAACUGCACCGUAUACUGUGGGGGGAUUCAGUCUGGCCUCUCAGAACACCUCAUGCGACAGACAUUUUCACCAUUUGGACAAAUCAUGGAGAUCCGGGUUUUUCCUGAAAAAGGCUAUUCUUUCAUCAGGUUUUCUACUCAUGAGAGUGCAGCCCAUGCCAUUGUCUCUGUGAAUGGAACCACCAUUGAGGGCCAUGUUGUUAAGUGUUACUGGGGCAAAGAGUCACCUGACAUGGCCAAAACUGUACAACAGAUGGACUACAGCCAAUGGGGACAGUGGAAUCAGGUGUAUGGAAAUCCCCAGCAGCAGUAUGGUCAGUAUAUGACCAAUGGCUGGCAAAUGCCAUCCUACGGCAUGUACGGUCAGACGUGGAAUCAGCAAGGAUUUGGCAUGGAGGACUCCAUACUGGCAGCUGCCCAGAACAUGUCAAGCCCCAUGUGCUCUCCUCCUAGCAGGCAGUCACAGUCCCCAGGCUGGAUGGGAGGAUUCGGCACUCAGUCCUCUCAGGCUCAGCCUGGCCCAGUGAUGCCCAAUCAAUCCACCUUUGGCAUGGCUGGCUACCAGACACAGUGAGCGGGGCCGCGCUAAACGCAGUCACUCAACUCAACGAGUGGAAACUGGCCCCACAUAGAGAAUGGCGAUGCUGAGAUGAGAUUGCGUACCACGCCUUGGAGGAAAGAGUAAAACCAGUUGAAGUUUUUAAGAGACUUAAUGCUGAAUGCUCAUGGCUGAAUAGGACCUAAUGCCAUGAAUUGGGAAAAUGAAAUAUAUUGGCUGACACAUGUCUGUAUAACAGAAAUUCUCCUUUUGAUUAUUUUCUUGCUGUCUCAUUACUUUUGGUGAACUGAGAGGCGAGACGUAUAAGACAUUUCCCCCUCCUUAUUUGGGUUUAUGACUACACAUGGUCUAAACAGCUGGCAAGGGAUAAUGUUCCUUGUUUUUGUCCCAGAUUUGGAGACAGGGUUUGCACUGGUACAUUUAGAAAUGUUUGAAAUGUUUAGUUGUAGAUGUAGUGACGCUUUUUAAUCUGAAAAGAAAUUGCCCCAGUGGGCUGAAGAUAAACGUGCUUAAAGUCCAUCACUUUUCAUUUUGUACGUAAAGCACCAACUGUCCUAUUUUAACAAAACAACGUAAGUCGAGACACUUUGGGGAGUUCUAAAAGACCCAUUUCUUGUAAAUGUUUCCGUGUACAUGAAUUUCUAUGUGCCGUUGUCUAUAGUUCCCCUCUUCAGCUUCGCUCUGCAUUUCAGCACAGUAUUCUUCUCUCAGCAGGAUCUUAGAUUCAGUGUGGAAGUCUCUGUAGCUAUUAUUUAGCUGACAUCUUUUAGUCACUCUUCAUUAUGGACUUAAGUUAGCAAGGGCAAUGUGUACAUAACCUUUGAUAACGAUGUAUGAAAGUAAGUUUGUUUUUAUUUUCCAAAGCAUGCAUUCUUCAUUAUAGAGUUCUACAAAUUGAAUGCUGUACAUAGCACACUGGUACAAAUUGCUUGACUGACAUAUUGAACCAAUCCAGUGUAAUUUACAAAGAAGCCUUAAUUUUAAUAGGUCAGUUCACGCAUCAUUUUGUAACUCACAGUUUGAAGCUCGUGGUAGAGAGCUGAUGAUUUGUUGUAGAGCCCUUUUGCACUUCAGUGUUCAUUUGCAGAUUUGGACAGAUAUGUGUGCCAUUUUCAGCUGUUGAGCAGGGUGAGUUUUCCACUUGUUAGGGUAAACUGCAUGUUUUUAAAAUGUGUUGUUGGGGUUGCUAAAUGAAUGUAAAGGGCUGAACUGUUGGAUUAUACUCAAGAUUUUGAAAAUGUAUCCAUUGUAUCAGAGGAGAAACCUCCAUAAAUUGAUAAUUGGAUAUUCUUUUCAGGCAUCAAAGUUGAACCCAACGCAAAACAUGGCUGCAACUUUAAGGCGUGUAAAAAAUAAAACUAGAACACUUGUA